UAUUUCGUUUAUAAGGGGAAAGAGAAGAGCGAGAGAAAGGGAUCGAGAGGUAUAAUAAUGGAGAAUCAAGAGGAGGAGAUGAAAGAAAAAGAGGUGGCGGAGGAAGAGGGAGUGGAGGAAGAGCAGGAAGAUUGGGAUGGUGUGACCAGCUUGACGCUUGAAAGGGUGGCUGCGGCUAAGCAGUUCAUUGAAAGCCACUAUAAAUCCCAUAUGAAACAUAUCCAAGAUCGCAAAGAAAGGCGUUUGAUUUUGGAAAAGCAGUUGGCAUCUUCAGAUGUUCCACAAGAGGAGCAAAUAUUUUUGCUAAAGGAGUUGGAGCGCAAAGAAUCAGAUUAUAUGCGGCUUAAAAGGCACAAGAUUUGUGUUGAUGAUUUUCAUCUUUUAACCAUUAUUGGAAGAGGUGCUUUUGGAGAGGUAAGAUUGUGCCGAGAGAAAAAAUCAUGUGAUAUAUUUGCCAUGAAAAAGUUGAAGAAAGCAGAAAUGCUUAGCAGAGGACAGGUUGAACAUGUGAGAGCUGAGAGGAAUUUGCUUGCAGAAGUUGCCAGUCACUUCAUUGUGAAACUCUAUUAUUCUUUUCAAGAUGCAGAGUAUUUAUAUCUAAUCAUGGAGUAUCUGCCUGGUGGUGACAUGAUGACUUUGCUGAUUAGAGAAGACACUCUAACUGAGACAGUGGCUAGAUUUUACAUUGCUCAAAGUGUUCUUGCCAUUGAAUCUAUUCAUAAGCAUAAUUACAUUCACAGAGACCUUAAACCUGAUAAUCUUCUGUUGGACAAAAAUGGUCAUUUGAAGCUCUCGGACUUUGGUCUUUGCAAGCCUCUAGACUGUAGAAAUUUAUCUUCUAUAAAUGAAAAUGAAACUCUUGAUGACGAGAAUUUGAAUGAAUCAAUGGAUGUUGAUUCUGGUAAAGGAAGGCGCUGGAAAAAUCCCCUGGAACAAUUGCAGCACUGGCAGCUUAACAGGAGGAACUUGGCAUUUUCAACAGUUGGAACUCCAGAUUAUAUUGCCCCUGAAGUACUGCUGAAGAAAGGAUAUGGCAUGGAGUGCGACUGGUGGUCACUUGGUGCUAUCAUGUAUGAAAUGCUUGUUGGUUAUCCUCCAUUUUACUCUGAUGAUCCAGUGACGACAUGCAGAAAGAUUGUGCACUGGAAAAAUCAUUUGAAAUUUCCAGAAGAAACAAGGCUGACACCCGAAGCAAAGGAUUUGAUUUGUAAAUUGCUUUGUGAUGCUGACCAUAGGCUUGGUACCUUAGGAGCAGAUCAAAUUAAAGGCCAUCCUUGGUUCAAAGAUACUCAAUGGGACAAACUCUAUGAGAUGGACGCAGCAUUUAAACCACAUGUUGAGGGAGAGCUUGAUACUCAGAAUUUUAUGAAAUUUGACGAGGUGGACAUUCCAAGAACAGGAUCUGGGCCAUUAAGGAAGACGUUUUUAGCUCCUAAAGAUCUUAAUUUUGUGGGCUAUACAUACAAGAAUUUUGAGGCUGUUAAAGGGUUACGCCAUUCUUUUGAUAUAAAGGAAUUUGGACCAGAAAGGCAGUCAUCAACCGACUCAUUCCACAGUGAUUCUGGUGUGGACUACUCUGAUACUGACAAGGAAACAAGGAUGCUUUGACCAUCAGAAGAGAUGGCAUGCAUGUCACUUUGAGGAGUGGCUCGAUCCUUUCCAUGUAUAGCACCAUGCACAAUGGAUAAACAAGCUCUUGUUAUUCUGAUUGAUGGGUCUGCCUGCUUAUUUUCAGUCAGGUUACACCAUGAUCUGCUUAUUUAUUGAAGUUUGCUGCCACUUUUUUGCCGCACCAAUAAGUGUACAGAAAUUAUUAGUUAGAGUUCUUUGACGGGGUUGGUUGGUAGUGCUAUAAGCAAGAGUUUUAUGUCCAUUUAGUCUCGAGUUAAAUUGUCUUAAAUUCGAAGUCAAGGGCUGUAGACUCUGUGAGUCAAGAUAUUUGUUGGUGUUAUUUUAAAGCAUUGUUCUUUGGUAAAGGAAUUGCAAAUUCUAAACCUUUGUCAUUGGGA